AUUACCAGUUUAUUUCCAUGCGAAGAGAUUUCCCAGCCUUUCUCUUAGGGAGAUCUAACCGUUAUUUCGGAAAGGAGAAAUCACGUGGAUACCUAAGGUCAAGGAUUAUCACAUCUAGGCUGGAAGAUCUGCUUUUAGGAAUGUCGAAUUUAUCAUUGAGAAGUAUCUUGGAUACAUGCAAGCUUACUGGACCAAACUUUCUGGACUGGGAAAGAAAUGUGCGUUUAGUUCUUAGACAAGAAAAUAUUGAGUAUGUGUUAGACACACCGGUACCCAAGAUUCCUGAUGCCAACUCUCCUGAGUUUGCCACGUUUGACCUGACUGAUCGAGAGAAACACGUCACCGAUGCUAAAACUGUGCAAUGUGUCAUGUUGGCUGCAAUGUCUACGGAGUUGCAAAGGCAGCACGAUAGGAUGAGCGCCUUCGAGAUGCUUGAACACUUGAAAAGUCUAUUUGAUUCAGAAAGUCAGACUCUAGAGUAUGAACUUCUGACAGACAUUUUCAAGUGUAGGCUUCAAGAGGGUGGCAACGUG